AUGCCAAUUUUACCUACCGAUUCUGCGGUGGAUAGUCCACCACCCGCUGAAAUAGUGGUGGAGGAAAGGAGUGCAGAUGAAGCUGGGAAUGAAGUGUGGGAAGAGUGCGAGGGAGAGAUAGGUGAGCACGGGCCGUCUGCGCACGAGUCCGCUGUCGCCGCGCCCGCGCCCCCGGCGUCGCCGGCGCAGUUGCCGAGCGCGGCCUCACCGCGCGAACUUGCUCUUCCAUUGCAGCAAGGACCAGUGGGCAUCAUCGACCCGUCGCAGCUCCUCCGUCCGGAGAAAGUUUUCGACGGGAAGCCCGUCGAGGCCUUCCGUGACUACACUAUCGAUGACAGCGACCCCAUCAGGAAGCGUGUACGCUUGACGUACUACGCUAUGCAUACCAAUCAGUCGGUGGAGUUUGUCCAGAAAAAGAUGGACAAGUGGCUGAAAUUCAACACCUUCAAGUCCACCGUAAAAGACGCUCUGAUCAAGCUCAACGAACUAGUGGACGAGUCCGACCCCGAUUCGGACCUGCCAAACAUCGUGCACGCGUUCCAGACGGCCGAGCGGAUCCGCGAGGAGCAUCCGGAUAAACCGUGGAUGCAUCUGAUCGGGCUCAUCCAUGACGCGGGCAAGGUUAUGGCGUUCUUCGGCGAACCACAAUGGUGCGUGGUGGGCGACACGUUCCCCGUCGGCUGCAAGUGGGGCUCCUCCAUCGUCUACGGAGAUGACAGCUUCAAGGACAACCCUGACUCCUACAAUCCUAAAUACAACACCGAUUGCGGCAUGUACAAGCCGAAGUGCGGGCUGGAGAACCUGAUGAUGUCGUGGGGCCACGACGAGUACCUGUACCGCAUGCUGAUUCACAACAAGUGCAAGUUCCCCAAGGAGGGGCUCUACAUGAUCAGAUACCACUCGUUCUACCCGUGGCACGCCGGUGGGGACUACCAGCACCUUCUCAAAGAGAGCGAUAAGCAGAUCAUGGAGGCUGUCCUCGAGUUUAACAAAUACGACCUGUACACGAAAAGUGCCGCCAUUCCAGACAUCGAAGCGCUAUGGCCAUACUACGACAAGCUUAUCGAGAAGUACAUGCCCGGAGUCCUCGAGUGGUAGAUCGAAAC